UUUACGUCGUAUCACCGACACGCGACCAUACAUACCUUACCUAUACUUAAUCAGCCUUACCUCUUAACUCCUAAUUAAUUAUACCUUAAUACCUCUAGCUCCAUCAACUCUUCGCUAUGGUUCAAACUCGAAAAGCAAGAAAGGCGGCGGAAGGGAUCAAGCUAUCUCAUCCCGAUCGAACCGCCGCUCCUAGCGAGGACACCUUGCUGAAGCUUGCUCAGGACCGCAACCUCUUCGAGGAAGCCGAGAGGAAGAAGAGGAAGAUGGCGAAAGAUCGGGAUUCCGAUGACGAUUCGGAUGAUGGGGACGAGCUCCUGUCGUCUACGGCCGAUAGGGUAGUAGAGGCUAUUCUCUGGAGCAUCAGUUUGUCUAUGUUCCAUUUCACUCUCGAUGUGCUUGUUCAGCAUCAAUAUGCAAUCUCCAUCAUAUGGCCUCAGAUCAUAAUUCGAUCAGUGCAAGCCUCUAUCGUGUUCUUCUUGCUCAUCUAUGUACUUCAUCCGCACGUCUCGGCUCCGUCUUUUGUGCCUGGACUGCCGGUGAGAUAUCAGUCUCCUCUACGGCAGAUCCUCUUCCUCGCCGCGAGUGUUGCUUCCGGUUGCUAUUUAAUUCAUAUUUCGAAUAAGUAUAGCUAUCUCGCUGUUAUGAAGCAAUCACCACCUUUGGGCUGUCUCUGGGUCUGGUCCGUCAUUGAGCUUGACCUGCCAUAUGCCGUCCUCUCUUUAGCUUGUAUCGGCGGGUUCUUCUACCAGGGCGGGUAUACAAUAAAGCAACCAUAUUAAUAUCUUAAGAAAGGUCCAGACCCUAGCACCGUAUUGUAUACGUCUUUUGACUCAUUAAUACUAUAUGAGCCGCACGCCAAGUCAAAAGUCGGAUAUUGGCCUAUUCAGUACGUAAAUUCAGGUGGUUUACCACUAUAUUUAUAUCGGUAUCAGCUGCUAUAAUUCAACAAGACCGCACAUACAGUCUUGUUUGGGUGGGAUUAGGACAUGAUCCCAGGGAUAAUAUUGGCGAUUCAAAAUGGUCUUGAUUAGAGGACAGCUUUUGACGAUAGGAAUGAGAAAUGUCUGACGAGACUAUCAUGCGAUUUGGUCAUUGCUUUGAUUGGAUACGAUCAGGUAAAAAUACAUCAUCUUCCAAAGGACAAAGUCACGGAGUUCCGAGAUUAUAUGCAAUAUUAUUCUGGUGACAGUCUCCGGAUACCGUACUAAUUUUACAAAUUUGGAAAUAAUCUUAUAAAGAGAUGCCUAGCAGAUCUACAGGGGUCUUAAACUUGGGGGUUACUGAAUGUCACCUUUUCACGUGAUGCCUCUAACCUACAACUUGAACUGGG